AUGGAUGCAGUUCGCGAAAAACACAAGGAUCUGAUCAACGGACUCACUAAUCUCUUCACUGUAUUUAUCAAAGCGCAUUAUAUCACCCCUACUGAUGUCCUGCAUCCACCUCAGGACACUGAUGUCGGACUUUUUCAGAGACUUAGGUUCGAACCUGAAGUGAUUGAUCUCGUCCAACUACUGCCGGCCAUUAAAAGUGAGGCGGUCUGGGGAUAUAACAAUGAAGGAAUAGAGAUAAUUCCUCAUGCUAAGCUGGUUAAUUAUUUAAAACAGUCAGAAGCAGCUAUGGCUCAUGAUAUGUUGGAGACCCUGCGAUGGGUCGACUAUACGGAUAAGGAUGCGCAGGGGAUCUUUCCUCCUUCGAUCCUCCGGCUGACAUUUCCUGAUCCAACUGACCUCCGCACAGAGACUAUAAUGGAAUGGUGCCAUCUGAACCAAAAAAGAUGGCAGGACUGCCCCCGCCAACCAUGUGAAGACUUCUUCUCAAAGAUCUUUGACAAAUUCCAGACUCUUGAAUAUAUCCCAUUCUUUGACCCAAAUGACGGAGCAGAAGUCCCAAUACGCAAAAUCAAGGAGAAUCCCAUUCUAUUCCAGAAUAUCUUCCCCAGCGGAAUCCGCCUUCCGACUGAGCCUUGGGCGGCUGUUCAGCAAUGCAGGGAGAGACAGGAUGGCCAGGAUGGCAUACGCCGUGAUAUUAAUGAAUGGAGGGCGCUGCAGAAGCUCUAUCAUGACACAGGCUGGGAGAGCGAAUUCAAUGGAGAGCUUUUCAACGAUAGAUAA